AUAGAACACAAAAAUUCCAGAGAACGUCAAAAAAACACACACACAGAGAGACAGACUGGUGUGAACGACGAGUCAGAAUAUUUCUCGUCGGCUAUUGUUUUUGUUAGUCAAACGUCAUAAUGUUUUUGUUAUUUACACGAUGAAAUCGUGUUGAAGUUUGAUUUUGAUUUCUAGUCUGAUAUCAAAACUGGUGCUACAGAAUAAAUAGAAGCAAUUUGAUCCCGUAGUGAGUGAUUGGUGCUAAAUCCUCAAAUUAGUUUCAAUUUCCUUGUAAAAAGCCAUCCCUCCCUCGAAAAGCGACCGUGUCUUUGGGCCGUUGAACGUGAUAUCAAAAUUAUUCAACGACUUGUAUUAGAAACCGCUGGAAAAAUAGUGCUAUGAGUGCGGUUCAGAGUAAAUUGACGCCGAUAUCGGCCACAUGCAUGGAAUACGUGCAUCCAUGGACAGAACAUUGCUCCGUUGCCACUGCCGGCCUUUUGCUGCAAGCCGCACAAGAGAGUUUUCGAAUAUAUUCGGCGGUGUACACGCUGAGUCUAUUGAUGCGAUGUCGCGUGCCAACGCUGAACGAUCUGAAGCGAAUGUUGUUGGGCAUACUGCAAUCGACUGCAUUCUUGACCACAAGUGCUUUUUCAUAUUCGUUUUUCUUGUGUUUGCUGCGCUCUUGCAUCGGCUCGUUCAAUUUUUAUACGGUAUCAUUUGUGCCAUCGUUCAUGUCAAGUAUGUGUGCUUUGUUGUUGGAGCGUCCAUCACGCCGUGGUCUAUUGUGUUUGUACGUAUCAAACGUGGCCACCGAGACGUUGUUCAAUAUGGCUUGUGCACGUGGCUAUUGUCGACCCAUUCCGUAUGGACAGGUGUUGAUCUUUGGUGCAAGCAUGUCACUGUUGUUGUAUUAUUUCCGAUGUGGGCUGCAUCAAGGCAUUGCGCCUACAAUUCAAACAAAUGCCGCACACGCGAACAAAGACUCAAUUUAUGACAUUUUGAGGUUUGUUGUUGGACGCUACGAAGAGUAUGUGCCAGCCUUACAGUUGCAGCCGCAAUUUUUAUCGCGACGACGAGAACGACAAUCAUCGGCCGCUUUGUUGACUGGUCAACGCGACCCAGCGCAAUCAUCGUCACACACUCGACCACCAUCGAAAAAUCCUUUUUUACCCGUGAUCUUGCAGGCUGUUCGAUAUUACACGCAACUCAUGGACUAUUUCAAAUACAGAUUACCACGACACAAAACAUGCCCGCAUCCACGGAACAGUUGCCUGCAUUACGUUGUGUCCGGUGGCACGAAACUUUUCACUAUCGGAGUCGGUCUUCAGAUGACAUUGAUCUUGAUCCGAUUGAAAAUGACUUCAAAGCUACCGUGGCGAGAGCAACUCAAGUCGAUUUUCCGAAGUUCAAACACAUUAAAACUGGGCACAUUUCUGGGCGGAUUUGCUGCACUAUUCCGGUUGAGUUCAUGUUCAUUCCGACACAUAACUGGAAAAGAUGACCCAUUGCAUGCAGUUCCUGCAGCCUUUUUGUCCAGCAUUGCAUUUGCUAGUUACCCUGACACAACCGUUGCCUUGUACGUCUUUUGGAAAGCACUUCAGAUAUCGUACAACAUUGGCAUCGAUGCUGGUUACCUGCCCAAAAUUCCGCAUUUCACAUUCUUAUUGUACAGUGCCAGUACAGCGACUCUUUUCCAUGCAGCAACCAUCGAACCGAUGAACCUACGAUCAAGCUACUGGAAAUUCCUGCAUUCGCUCUCUGGCGGAAGAAUGGCUGCCAUGGCUCGUGUGCCGCUCGACGUCUACGGUUUGAGUACAUCAAAGCAAUUGGAGAGUGUUUUGACCGCAACGAAAACCAGUCGGAAUAUCAAUUUUAUCUUGUAGAAUUAAGUGUGUUAUUUAAGUCAUGUGUCUGGACAUUGUUGUUGGGUGAAUUUUAAAUUUUAAUGUACAAAAUGGUUUUGGCUCUUAGAAGGACAAAGAAAACAACAAACGAAAAUAAAAUGAUUUCAUGAACAAAUUGAAA